CGUCUCCUCUCAUCUUAAAGCAGUCGUUGUUUACUUAGACUUCCGGUAAAGGGAAAGGGGUUUUCAACGUUUGGUGUAAGCUAGGCUGAUCGAAAUGCCGAAGUUUUAUUGUGACUACUGUGACACUUACCUAACUCAUGACUCGCCCUCUGUGAGGAAAACACACUGCAGUGGCCGCAAACACAAAGAAAAUGUAAAAGACUAUUACCAGAAAUGGAUGGAAGAACAAGCACAGAGCCUCAUUGACAAAACAACUGCUGCCUUCCAACAAGGGAAGAUGCCCCCAACACCAUUCCCAGGAGCCCCACCUCCAGGGGGUGCCAUGAUCCCUCCACCAAACCUCCAUGGCCCACCACGUCCAGGGAUGCUACCAACACCCCAGAUGGGUGGUCCUCCAAUGAUGCCCAUGAUGGGUGGAAUGGGACCACCCCCACCUGGAAUGAUGGGUGGUCCAGGUAUGCGACCUCCAAUGGGUGGCCGAAUGCAGAUGAUGCCUGGACAUCACAUGAUGCGACCUCCCGGUCAUCCAAUGAUGAUGCGGCCAAUGAUGGCACGGCCAGACCGAUAAACUCUCCCCUCCUCCCUCAAACACACACUGUGGGUUUGUUCCACAUGAUCACUAAAUCUUAGGUUCUCACUUCUCCCCUAAAGUAAUUUGAUUAGGGAAAUCUAUGGUUGAUUAAGUUGGUCUAAAGCAUUUAAUGAAGUUGCUGACAAGUGCCAAGGUCCCUUAUAUUUAGCCACUUGAUCGUAGAAACAUUGUUAAUUUGAUGUCAAACUACCAAGUAGAUUUGAAGGUGAGUAAGAGAUUCCAUGGAACUAACCUUUUGGCAAAUCCCUCCCCACUCUACAUCUGUCUCUAGGACUUAACUUUACAUAAUACUUUUGGUCAUCUUGCCUUUGCUGUCCUCCCACCCAUUUUCCCUGGAUGGAUUUCAUUUUUGUUAUGCUACAGAUUUUAUAAUAAUCCCCUCUGCUUAUUCCAAUUUUCCCUGCCCAUCCUUGUUAGUUUGGUGUCUUGGCACAUGCUAAAGACAAAACAGGAACAUAUGAGGAGGUUGUUGAAUGUGUUUUUGUCAUUCACAUAGAGGUGUAUUAAGGUCUGUUUUUAGUUGGCAGUACCAUUCGGAUGAAGCAUUGUAUCAACUGUUUUUUUAAAAACAUUUUUAAAACAAUUUUUAUGAGCUGAUGCUAUUGACUGUGCAUUUAUUUUAUGACGGUCUAUUAAACGAAAAUGAUAACUUA